CCGGUCGACCGGCCAUGCACAUCAUGUCGAAACCGCAAUCUGGACAUAUUUGCCUCCUCCCACCCUCCAAUGAUUCCCCACAUCCAAAGUGUAUAAAGUGCCAAGUGCUGCCCACACUUGGCAGCAAUGGCGUCUCAUUUGUGGGGUCCCCGCUCGCAUGUGUUCUUGUAGGCUUGGCAAGGCGUUCGGCAAAUGGGUUAAAGUACAACUGCCUUUCAUCCAGCCUGGGCAAAGGAUCAGAAUGGUUAUAAGGGUCCUUGUCCGCGAAAUUCAAUGUUUAUCGCAACCGCAGUCCUCGCUUACUUGAGAAAAUCAUGGCAGAUAUCAAGCAUGACUCCUGGCGUGCUCACUGGAAGGUGUUUGCAGCUUGUUCAGUGCUAAUUUUGUCGCCGUUUCAGUAUGGCAUUGAUUUUGGCAUGAUUGGAGGUCUACAGGCCAUGGUUGGUUUUCUAAGGAUCUUCGGCUACCAAACCAAAAAAACCGCCAUUGGUUGGAAUCUUACAACCGAACGCCAACAAUUGAUCUCGUCUUUGAUGACAUUGGGUGCUUUCAUCAGUUCGGCUCUCGCUGGUGUUGCCGCUAAAUAUCUCGGACGCAGAGGAUGCUUGUGGGUAGCAUGCGUCACGUGCUGCGUUGCCAACAUUAUCAUGAUGACCACUGAGAAUAUCGGGGCCCUCUAUGUUGGUCGUCUCGUCAUUGGUCUCGCCAACGGAUAUUUCAUGGUGUUCUCCCAGUUGUAUAUCCAGGAGAGUAGCCCCGCAAAGUACCGGGGAUUAUUCUUGACUGGCUUCCAAUUCUUCACCUCCUUCGGUACCUUGAUCGGAACUAUCGUCGAUUGGGCCACCGCAAAGAGACCAGACAAAUCUUCCUACCUCAUCCCACUCGGCCUCAUCUACGUCAUCCCCGCCGUCUUAGCAGUUGGCAUGCUCUUCAUCCCAGAAUCACCCCGUUGGUUGAUCCUCCAAGGCCGAUAUGAGGAGGGAAAGAAGUCUCUUGUGUGGCUACGACCCGACGACUACGAUGUUGAUGCCGAAGCGGCUGAGAUCCGGGCAGCGAUCGAGAGGGAGAAGGAGAUGAGCACUGGUGUUGGCCCAUUGGACAUGAUCAAGAACCCUGUUGACCGUCGACGGACGAUCCUCGCUGUUUGCGCUGUCACGUUGCAGGCAGCUUCUGGAUCUAUGUUUAUCAUCGCAUAUAAAGCCUACUUCUUCACUAUGGCUAAAGUCUCGGAUCCAUUUGCCAUGACCAAUGUCCUCAGCACCGUAGGCCUUCUCGCCAUCAUCACCAACGCCCUCAUCAUCGUAAAAUUCGGUCGCCGGCGUGUCCUACUGAUGUCUGGUCUUAUGAUCUGCGGCGUCCUACAGCUCAUCAUUGCCGUUGUAUACCACGAGCAGCCGGGGAAGAAAACCACCGGAAAAAUUAUCGUGGCGCUUUCCAGCUUGUAUAUGUUCAGCUACAACGGAAUGAUCGCAACAUACGCUUGGCUCGCGGGAGGAGAAAUCCCAACCCAGCGUCUCCGCUCCUACACCUUCGGUCUCGCAGCCGCCAUCGGCUUCCUCUUUGCUUGGCUCACCACCUUCACCGCACCAUAUUUCAUCAACCCUGCUUCACUUAACUGGGGCCCCCGCUAUGGAUUCAUCUGGUUCCCAUCCUGUAUUAUCGCAGCGACUUGGGUAUUCUUCUUCUUGCCCGAAGUCAAGGGCCGCACACUCGAGGAAAUUGACGAGAUGUUUGAGGCAAGGUUGUCGGCGCGCAAGUUUGCGGGUUAUGUUUGUGUGGGUGCAGUGAAUUUGGUGGAUGGGGAUAUGAGAAAGGAUAUUGGAGAUGAGAAGGAUAUCAUGGUGUUGCAAAGUGAGCAGGUGGCAGCUGAGACGACGGUUACGAGUACAGCGUAGAUGGAUAGGACGCUGGAGGUCGGUAGAAGUGAGAAGGGUAAUAUGGGCUAAUAGACUGUAAAUGGCCGGAUGGUGAAAUGAAUGG